AUGGAUGUCAAGCGCAAUAAUCAAUGGGAAACCUUUGUAGGAAAUCAUGUCAGAGAUAAUUGUGCACUUUCAAAGGAAAAUCAAUGGUCAUACGUGCGAAGUCAGUUAAAUCCAGCUGAUAUACCAUCUCGUGGUUCAUGGUUGGGCGGUUGGUUGGAGAGACUAAUUCGCAUAGUGAAAAAUCUACUUGUUCGAGUUCUUGGUAAGUCGUCUGUUACGUAUGAGGAACUGCUCACAGUUCUUUGCGACGUAGAAGCCACCGUUAACAACCGCCCGUUAACAUACAUCUCCAACGCUGCAGAUGAGUUGAGGCCUCUAACACCAUCCAACUUUCUCCAAGAUGUAAAAGAGAUUGUAACGGCUGAUCUUGAUCAUUUGGAUAGGAACAAACUGGUGAAGAGAGAACGUUAUUGCCAAGAACUGCGUGAACAAUUCAGACGACGAUUCUGGAAAGAAUACUUAGGUCAGCUGGUGCAAAAAGCUGGCACAUCUGACAAAAUUUUCAAAGUAGGAGAAGUGGUCCUUGUUGGUUCUGAAAACCAGAAGAGAAUUAAUUGGCCACUUGCAGUGAUUGAAGAACUGUAUCCAGGGAGAGACGGCCAUGUGAGAGUCGUCAAAGUCAAAACUCCACUUGGUCAUCUCGUUCGUCCAGUCCAAAAGAUUUACCCUCUAGAAGUUAAUUCUUCUGAGGAUCCCAUUAUACCAGAUCAACAUCCUACUAGUGACCCACCAGCAACAUCACAGAAUGACAUUCCAAUUCAGAAGGAUAUUUCAGCAGCUCGGAUGUCAAGAAGCGGCAGAGUGAUCAAGAUACCUAAGAGACUGGGCAAUUGA